AUGGCCGAGUCCGAAGGCAGCCCCUUGGCAUUUUCCACCUCCAAUCUACCGUUGAAGCUCUAUAUCAACGGUCAGUACGUUGAUAGCAAGGACGGCAAGACCCCGCUAGCCGUGUACAAUCCGAAAGAUGGGACGUUGGUGUCUGACCAGGUGCCGCUGGCGGGCGAGAAGGACGUCGAAGCCGCCGUCACCGCCGCGGAGGCCGCUUUCCCUGCGUGGAAAAAGACGACGGCGAACCAGAGACGUGACAUCCUGCUCAAGUUGGCCUCGUUGAUCGAACAGCACAACAAAGAGCUAGCCAGGCUUGCACGGUUGACUCUGGGUGCGCCAUGGGCCUCGUUCGGCGCCUUCGAAGGCGUGGUUUGCUCCGAGACGUUCAAAUACAACGCCGGAUGGACCGACAAGUUCGCCGGCGAGUCUUUCCCGCAAGAGAACGGCUACCUCCAAAUCACGCGCAACGAACCACUUGGCGUCACUUGCGGCAUUGUGCCUUGGAACGGUCCAUUGGCGGGGAUCGCUUUGAAGGCCGCUCCAGCACUGGCCACGGGGAAUUGCUUCAUCUUGAAGCCAUCGGAGAAAACCCCUUUCGCGCCUCUCGCGCUCGGGGCUCUGAUCGAAGAGGCCGGUUUCCCACCGGGGGUAUUCCAAAUUCUCUCUGGCGAUGGGAGCACCGGUGCGUUGCUCGCCAGCCAUAUGCGCAUUCGGAAAGUCAGCUUCACCGGGUCUAUCGCGACGGGGCGGAAAAUCCAAGAGAUGGCUGCGAAAUCUAACCUGAAACGCGUCACGUUGGAACUCGGGGGGAAAUCUCCCGCCGUGGUCUUCGACGACUGUAAUCUCGACAACGCCGUUACUUGGUGCGUGAACGCCAUCACGGCCAACAGCGGGCAGGUCUGCUAUGCGGCGAGCCGCAUCUACGUGCAGAAAGGCAUCUUCGACAAGUUCGCGGCGAAAUACGCAGAGGCCAUGCAAGCCCGGGCGAACGCCGUCGGCGACCCAGACGAGCCGUCCACCUUGUUGGGCCCGGUGGUCGACAAGGCUCAGUUCGAGAGGGUCUGCGGCUUCAUUGAACGCGGCAUCGACGGGCAGCAGGGGAAGCUCCUGGUCGGAGGGAAACGCGUGACCACAGGUAACACCGGCUCAGGUUACUUCAUCGAGCCGACGGUGUUUCAGGACGUCGACCCGAAUGCGGAAAUCUACCAGAACGAGAUCUUCGGCCCUGUGUCGAUCCUCAACUCGUUCACCUUGGAAGAAGAGGUGGUUCAAAAGGCCAACGCCACCGAGUACGGCCUCAUGGCCGGCGUCUUCACCCAGGACGUCAACAAGGCCCUGCGCGUGGCGAGCGAGUUUGACUCGGGCAUGGUCGGGGUCAACUGCAUCAGUCUGGUGCAUGUGAACACCCCGUUCGGCGGCUCCAAGGCGAGCGGUGUGGGACGCGAGUGCGGUCGCGCUGCACUCCAGGCCUUCACCGAGCCCAAGACCAUCAUGAUCAACAUGCAAUAUACAUAA